AUGCAGGUCCUCGAGCUCGAGUCCAGAGUAGACCAGCUCAUCGCAGAAAACCGCGCCCUGACCGCAGCCAAGAACCAGGCCGAGCUGCACUCUACCAACCGAGCCACCAGCGUCAUCGCCGAACGUGACAAUGAGAUCGAGACCCUCAAACAAUCCCUCGAGUUCAUGCGCAAGGAGGUCCAGCGCCUGACUGAAGUCAACGAGGGCCUGAACAGCGCCAUCGCCCAGACCGCCGUGCAGCACGAGAGCAAAUACCGUCUCCUGGAGAGCCAACAUGCCGAGGCUACCAGGGAGCUCAACGACUUCCGAGGCCACCACGGCUCACACGCGAGAUCACUAGAAGAGAAGGACGCAGAGAUCAGGAGCUUGCGUGAGGAGCUCGAGGCCACCAAGGAGCAGAUACGCGAGAUGCAGAGGCAGAUCCUCGCCACGAAACCAGCCGACAGUGAUUUCCUCGAGAUCAAGGACGUCGACUACUUUGACCACCGCUGCCAGCAGCUCUGCUCGCACGUCCAGCAGUGGGUGCUACGCUUUUCCAAGUUCUCGGACAUGCGCGCCUGCCGCCUGACCAGCGAGCUCAACGACGAAAAGAUCAUCGACCGACUUGAUAAUGCUGUCCUUGACGGAUCCAACGUCGACCACUAUCUCAAUGACCGCGUCAAGCGUCGUGACAUUUUCAUGUCGGUGACCAUGACCAUGAUUUGGGAAUUCGUCUUCACCCGCUACCUGUUCGGUAUGGAUCGCGAGCAGAGACAGAAGCUGAAGGCGCUGGAGAAGCUACUCCUCGAGGUCGGCCCGCCACGGGCAGUGCGCCAGUGGCGCGCUGUCACCCUGACCCUCCUCGCCAAGAGGGAUGCUUUCGAGGACCAGCGUGACCAAGACACGGAGGCGGUUGUCCAGGCCGUCUUCCAGACCCUCUCCAUGAUCCUCCCGCCGCCGUCCAACCUCGAGGACCAAAUCCAGGGCCAGCUGCGCAAGGUCAUGCGCGAGGCUGUCGACCUCUCCAUCCAGAUGCGCACCCAGCGCGCCGAGUAUAUGAUGCUCCCGCCACUGCAGCCCGAGUACGACGCCAACGGAGACCUGGCCGAGCCGCACCACUUCAACCCGACCAUGAUGACCGAGCGCUCCGCUGCAAACAAGGACGGCGACGCCGAGGACCUUCAGGCUGAAGGUGCCAUCGUGCGAGCUGUGCUUUUCCCACUUGUCGUCAAGAAGGGAGACGACGAUGGUGUGGGCGACGAUGAGAUUGUUGUCUGCCCAGCCCUGGUCAUUGUCGCGAAACCCAGGAGUGCCAGCAGGCGGUCCAUGAGGGCCCCGUCCUCGGAUGCUGGCGGUGUGAGCCUCCUUCGGGGAGGAGGGAGCCCGUCGACGGCUCCAAACAGGAGCAAUGUGAGCAUGCAGGAGGCAGAAUAUUUCGAGGGUGGCAUUUGA